UUAAGAUGCAACUUCCCAACACAAAGAUCGAAGAUAACACGGUGAGAGAAAUUGAGAAGCAAGCGAAAGGGAUUGAAUCUGGCUCUCAACAGUCUUUAUUUGAAUCAAAUCAUGAUAAUGUCGAAAAUUUGUACCAAUGA